AUGACUAACGUGGGCAUUAUUUAUCCGAAACCCGAUGAGCCCGUUCUCCUACUUGACGAUUGUCCCAUUAUGUUUCGCCUUAUUCUUGUGGAAUACCACAGGGCCUACGAGAACGAACGAGGCAAAAAGAUCUCAGUUACUGAUGAUCCGUUCACUAGGAACCGCCAGCAAGUCUCAAAAAUCGUCAGCAACACGGGUUACGUGCAUCCACCUGAACCUCCAACUGGCACCUAUCCCCCUUCUGCACCCGCUCCACCGAACAGUGCUCAGCAUGGCGGCUCAUGGCAGUCGGAGACGGUUGCCUAUCCAGUUAUGUCACCCAGCAUUCCGAUCAACAGCCCAUCCGGUAUAGGUUACACCAAUGGCAAUGCUUACAAGUCCCACCCUCUCAAUGAGAGACCGGUAAACUAUGCGGAUCUGGACUACAAUGACGCCACAGCUUCUGAGCAGAAGAAGAACUGGACCCCCUCGCAGCCACAGGCUCCUCAGAAUGAGCCUGAACCAAUAGAAUUCACUCCGCCGAAACUUAUUCUACUGGGUGGACUCCGUGUCACAGGCAGUGGCGUGCAUUUCCAAGCGGUCUACGACUAUGAGGCAAACGAAGAGGAUGAAGUCAGCUUCAAGGAGGGCGACGAGAUCCUGCACGGCGAACCAAUUGACGACGGUUGGAUGUACGGCACUGUGAAGAGAACGGGAAAAUUUGGCAUGCUCCCCUCCAACUAUGUUGUCCCCAUACAGAAUGCCAAUCAGUGA